AUGCCCCCGACGUCGGGGGAGCCCCGCGCCGCCCUCCGCGGCCAGCGGAGGAGGGCGCCCGGCCAGGGCAGCCGCGUGCAGCUGGCCGUGACGGCCCUGGGCGGGCUGCCCGGGGCGCAGGUCUACCACUCCUCGGUGCUCGUGGAGGGGCUGGAGUUCUCCUUCGGGGCCAUGCCAGGACUCACCAUGGCCUCCGGGGCCGCGAGCCACGCGGCUGUGGGCGGAAGCCCGAGGGUCUUCGAGCUGGGCUUCUCCGAGCGCACCGCGCGGCAGCUGGCCACGGCCCUGGGGCCGUACUUCAAGCGCGGGACCUACGACCUCCUCCGGAAGAACUGCAACACAUUCUCCGACUGUGCCAUAUUCUUCUUGCUGGGGCAAAGGCUCGACAGCAAGUUCCGCUCUCUGGACCAGCUGGGCGCGAGCAUCCCCGGCGUCGUGCAGAUGGGCUCCUUUGGCUUCUACCGCCCCAAUCGGGCGGCGGACAGCUUCGACGUGGAGGUGCUGAUCCAGUCGAUAGGCAGGCGGUCGAAAGGUGCCGGCCUUGGUGUCGGCAGCAAGGCCGCGGCCCCCGCGGAGAACCUCUGGGAACGGGCGGAGCAGCUCGUGCAGGCGGCCGGGAAUCUCUGGGGCGGCUGCGCGCAGCUGCCCGGCCAGCGCGCCGCAUCCCUGGAGCCGGAGCGGCUCGGAGAGCGCCUGCGCACCAAGGAGGCCGCCAGGGCUCACGACGCCACUUUCCGGGUCGGCGGCGCCUGA